AUGAAGUUUGGCAAACAGCUCGAGGUUUCGGCAAACCCGGAAUGGCGUGACAAUUACGUACAGUAUAAACGGUUAAAACGACUGAUUAAACGCGUGGCUUUUGAAGUCGAGAAGAAACAAAACAAACAGCUUAAGUUGCAGCAAACGAUAGAAACGCAUAUGGGCACCACCCAAGUGCAAGUGCUCGUGGAUGAAACGCAUCCGUUACUUAAGGACGUGGUGGAUGAAAUACAAGAUGCAAAGGAUCAAUUUUGGGAGGUGCUGGAGACAAAUCUCAAGCUUGUGAAUGAUUUUUACGUCAGCAAAGCCAUGAAACUCACACGGUCCGUGGGAGAAUUUGAAGCCAUAUUAGAGGACGAAAAGAUAUCGACCGGACAUGUUCAUUCUCGUCCACGCACACACUCACAGGGUGAUCGUGGGUUUGCGGCAUUGCAGGAGAUUUAUGAUACGUUAGUGGACUUGCGGACGUUUGUGCAGAUUAACCACUCGGGAUUCCGGAAGAUUGUCAAGAAGUUUGACAAGACAGUGAAAUCGCACACGCAGGAAGCUUUUAUGAAGCGGUUGACCAACGAACGCUUUUAUGCGUCCAAUGAUAUUGACAAGUUGCUGGAUCGCGUGUUUGGACUUACGUCAAUGGACAAGCUGGAGGCGGGGAACAUGGAGCGUCGGAUGCAGCGAAUGCAGGGCGACCAGAACUCGCUGUUUCGUAAAGUAAAACUAGUCCCUUUUGGCAUCUCGGUGGCGCUUUUUGUAUUUCUGCUACUUGUUCGGGUCACUCCUAAAGGGGAGGACGUACAACAACGAUGUUUGGCGAUGCUCGUUUUUAUUACGACACUAUGGGUGACGGAGGCACUUCCGUACUUCGCUACAGCACUUCUUGUCCCUCCACUUGUCGUGUUCUUGCACAUUCUGAACGACAAGGCACACCCUGAUACGCUCCUCACAGCUAAGCAAUCCGCUAAGGAGGUGAUGUCAAUGCUUGUCAACCACACGACUAUUCUAAUUAUGGGCGGUUAUUCAAUCUCUGCAGCGUUCGCGAAGUGCCAGAUCGAGCUUUAUAUUGCUGCUUUCUUGCAACGUCGGUUUAAAAAGAGCCCGAAUUUGUUCCUGCUCGCAAUCAUGCUCAUGGGACUGUUUCUGUCGAUGUGGAUCAGUAACCAUACUGCCCCUGUGCUGUGCGUGUCGGUUUUGCUCCCUAUCAUCCGGGAUUUUCCUAGAAAUAGCACUUACGUGAAGACGCUUCUCAUCGGCUUAGCCUUCGCCUGCAACCUUGGUGGAAUGAUGACCCCGAUUUCGUCGCUGCAGAACACUCUGGCCGUGUCAUUUCUGGAGAAAGCUGGGUAUACCAUUACGUUUGGUCAGUGGAUGGCGAUAGCCGUACCGUUUUGCACCGUUGGCACGAUUAUGUGCUGGUUGUUUUUGCUCUGGGUAAUGGAUCCUCGGGACGCUACAUACAUUCCACAGAUUGUUUACGACCAAAAGCAAAAGAUCAGCAGGCUUCACGUCGUCGUCAUUUCAAUGACCCUGCUCACAAUUUUCUUGUGGGCAUCUUUCUCGGUGACGAGCACAACGUUUGGAGACUUGGGUAUCAUCUCGAUGAUGUUUAUGUUCAUCAUGUUCGGCACGGGUAUGCUCAGCCAAUUUGACUUCAAUUCGUUCUCGUGGCACAUUCUUUUCCUGAUCGGUGGUGGCAACGUUUUGGGAGAUGCUAUUCAACGAUCUGGACUUCUCGAUACUCUGAGCAAGUCGGUCAUCCACGCGCUGCCGUCCGGAAACGUUUGGAUGGUCACGGUCUCUUUGUGCAUUCUGGUGGUUUGCCUUACUACCUUUGUCUCGCACACGGUUGCUUCGAUCAUCCUCUUGCCAAUAAUUGUUGAGAUGGCAAUUCAGAUCGGACACCCGCAUAUUCCUGUGAUUUGCUGUGCGAUGGCAAUCUCAGCUGCUAUGGCGCUCCCGUUCUCGUCCUUUCCGAACAUCAACUCACUGCUGGUACUGGACGACCACGGCCAGCCAUACUUGGAAGUGAAGGACUUCUUGCGUGUGGGAGUGACAUUUUCACUCGUAACGAUGGCUUUGAUUGUCACGCUGGGCUACGGCCUUAUUGUGCUCGUGCUUGGGUUCAACAUCACUUCGACCUCAACUAUGUUGGGAUUAUAG